UGCAAUAAUACCAUCAAGGAAAAGAGUCAAUACACAUACAGAUUCUGAUUCUGAUCUUGCUUUCUUAGCUUCUGAGCUGUAUAAUAGCUAUAGUUGUGUGUUAAACCUCUGCAGAUUCCAUGGCUUCAACUGUUGUGAUGCAGUCAAUCCUGGGAAGCCCAGUCACCAGCUUCAAGAACAGAAAUGGGGUGAGCCAGUUUGUUCCUUCAAGCUACUUGCCACGCUUGCAGAGAAAUCCUAACUUUCUUGUCAGGAGCAUGUCUGAGGAUGAUGCUGGGAAAGAGCAACCAACCACGCCAGUGGUGGAGUCAUCUACCACAGCGCCUAAACCAACACCUCCUCCUUCUCCUGCACCCAAAGUGGCGGCGAAAUCUAGCACCAAUCUCUGGGACGUCUUCUCUUUCAGCGGUCCGGGACCGGAGAGAAUCAACGGGCGGCUAGCCAUGAUUGGGUUCGCGGCCGCCAUGGGAAUGGAGCUGGCCAACGGCAGCGAUCUCUUUGCUCAGAUUUCCAACGGCGGCGUCACGUGGUUCCUGGGCACCACCGCGCUGCUAACGUUGGCGUCGGUGAUUCCGCUGUUCCAAGGCGUGACGGCGGAGUCGAAGUCGAAAGGUUUGAUGACCGCCGACGCUGAGAUCUGGAAUGGCAGAUUUGCUAUGUUGGGUUUGGUCGCCUUGGCUUUCACGGAGUAUGUUCAAAAUGGUCCACUUUUGCACGUCUAAAACCCAGCCCCUACUGUAACUGGGAAACGUAUUAUUUGUAUACACAAGCUUCUGUUAAUAUAUAUAUAUAUAUAUAUAUAUAUAUAUCUACCAAAUAAAAUUAUCAGUUGAGUAUA